CCACACUGAUCGUUCACUUUACCGGCGUCUGUGCAGAAGCGGCUGCGGUCCAUGAGUGCGGAGUCUCCCUGUCCAACAGCGGUUAACCGGGCGGCAUUCUGAGUGUUUAUCCUCGCAGAAAUGUUGUGUUUGAGCGGGUUGUCGGUGGCGCUCGCCCUCGCUCUCGUGCCGGGUUCCUCCGAAGCCUUGAAGGAAGGAGACUGUGAAGUGUGCGUGACCUUCCUGGGGAAGUUUUAUCAGUCGCUGAAGGACAAGGAUGUAAAGUUUAACAGCGCAGACAUCGAGAAGGCGCUCACGGCGAGCUGCAAAGACACCAAAGGCAAAGAAAAUCGCUUUUGUUACUACAUCGGUGCAACGAGUGACGCGGCAACCAAGAUGAUCAAUGAGGUUUCCAAACCGCUCAGCUACCACGUCCCCGUGGAGAAGAUCUGCGAGAAGCUCAAGAAGAAGGACGGCCAGAUCUGUGAGCUGAAAUACGAUAAACAGUUGGACCUGACCUCAGUGGACCUGAAAAAGCUUAAAGUGAAGGACCUGAAGAAGAUCCUGGAGGAGUGGGGCGAGUCGUGCAAGGGCUGCGCUGAAAAGUCCGACUUCAUCCGCAAAAUCACAGAGCUGAUGCCCAAGUACGCGCCGGCAGCCGCCAAUGCACGGACAGACCUGUAAAAACAUAAAUAUAUGGACUCUGAUCAGACUGCAAUCCAGCGCAGAGAAGAAGGCGGAGCGGGAGUUUUGUUGGGCAUGCUUGUUUUGUUUUUUUAAUAUUUGAAGAGGCAGUUUCAGAAGUAUAGAUGUUAGCGUAGUCCUGAUCUGUACUUCUAAGUGAGGGAGAGCCAGCAGCAGCUGUAGUUAAUAAUCUUCACAGUGACUGCCUAAAUAAGACCUCCAGUUUUCUUCACCACAUUGACUCGGAUGUUUAUAAAUUCUAAGUGUGUGCGACUGAGCCGUGAUGAGAGAAAUUCAAACAGUAAGAGGAGCCUGGAGUGACCGAGGAGCCAAACAUGGAGAAACCUGUAACGAGUUACCUGUACAUUUAUGUGAAGAUCAAAACAGGAGCUGCUGAUGGAGAAUUCGGCUACUUUUCAUUUGUCUAAAUGUCAAAAAAUAAUAAAUCCAGACUAAAAUAAGAUGAUUGGGUUUGGAUCUCCUGAUCGUUGCCAUCGUAUUGGUUCCCAAACAGGUGCUCAGAGCGGCGUUUCCUUUAAAUUGGGGAAAAUACUCAGAUACAGAAAAGAUACCAGAGCUAGGCUCAUGUGGCGGAGAGGAGGAGAACACGGGGAGAUGAUGUUACCUGGAAGUUUUCCUGAGGAGGAGACGUUUAAAGUUUCUGGUCGGAGAAGCUCCUCCCACAGAUCCCCUCUGACAUGAGCUCCGCUGUUUCCAUGGUGACUGCAGGACGGGUGGAUGUACUGAGACUUGUGGGUGAUCCUGACAUACUGAGUGUUUGUUCAGCUCCACCCUGCCGUGAUCUGUUUCAGGAAAGCUGCAGUUUGUGUUUCUGUUCUCGUUAGAUUGAAGGUCUCUGCAGAAUCGUCCCGUCACCUUCUCGGCCAGUGAGAAAGCUCCGCCUCCCUCAGGUUAAAAUGACGGUUCAGGCCCCUCCCUCCCUCCUCCACCAUCCUCUCUGGUGUCAAGUACAGAAAAAACCCUGCUUUUCCCUGGAACGUUCCCACUUCUACUGCGCUGUUUGGAUCAUUUGUGCUUGCCGCUCGGGUUUGUUAGGAUUUACGAGUGGCCCCGGGUCGAGUGCGGCGCUGGACUUCACGGCUCUUGGAAAAAGAUUAGCACAAAACUUCAAACCACCGAUGACAAGUGUGGGUGACUGUCAGCAAAGCAGGAAACUUUAUUUAGGAUAAUAUUUAAGGGUUUUUUCUCUUCAAUUUCUAAUAAAUAAAUACAGUUUCUGACUUUUUUACAUCCACCUUUGAUGUCGCUCACUCAGACACUUCAUGUGUUCGUGGUCCCUAAACGUUGGGAAACAACCAUUUACCGUGUUCUCUCUCACAUGUGGUGGAACUGAACUGCCCCUCCACUCUGGACUGCGGCGGCGUCUCGAUGGACGCUGGAUGAAACUUGUUUUGUUUGACAUAAACGGAUGACCUGUAGCUAAAGGUGGUGAUAAAAGCUGUGUGUGAUGCUUCAUAUGAAAAAUGAAAACUUAAAAUAUGCUGUUGUCUCACAGUGACUUUUCAUGUAAGGCAGUGUCAUUUGUUACAACUGUACUAUUCUACUUUUUCAUUAAAAUAUGAAAAGCUCCA